AUGGAGGCCAGAGAGGAGCGGGCUGUGCAGAAAAGGCAAGUCCUAUUUCUUUGUGUAUUUCUGGGAAUGUCUUGGGCUGGCGCAGAACCGCUGCGGUAUUUUGUAGCGGAGGAGACUGAGAGAGGCACCUUUUUGGCCAAUAUAGCAGAUGAUUUGGAUUUAGGGGUUGAGGAACUGUCAGCCCGGGGAUCUAGAAUUGUUUUAGACCAGAAUAUACGUUUUUUACUGCUCAAUCCGCUCACUGGUGACUUACUUCUAAAUGAGAAAUUGGACCGAGAGAAGCUGUGUGGCCCAACAGAGCCCUGUGUACUGCCUUUCCAGCUGUUAUUGGAAAAGCCUUUUGAGAUUCACCGUGCUGAAUUACAAGUCACAGAUAUCAAUGAUCAUUCUCCAGUAUUUCUAGACAGAGAGAUUUCCUUGAAAAUAUCAGAAAGUGCCACUCCAGGGGCGACAUUUCUCUUAGAAAGUGCCCAGGAUUUAGAUGUUGGAACCAACAGCCUGAGUAACUAUACCAUCAGCCCCAAUGCCUACUUCCACGUUAAUGUGCAUGAUGGCGGGGCGGGGAAUAUCUUUCCUGAAUUGGUAUUGGAUCAAGUGCUGGAUCACGAGGAGCUGCCUGACUUCACUUUAACCCUAAAGGCCUUGGAUGGUGACUCUCCCCCCAGAUCAGGGACGGUCCUUGUACGGAUUCUGGUAGUAGACAUAAAUGAUAACGCCCCCGAAUUUGUGCAGUCGCUCUACAAAGUGCAAGUACCAGAGAACACUCCGGUUGGCUCACUAGUUGUCACUGUGUCUGCCAGGGAUUUAGAUACGGGAAGUAAUGCGGAAAUAUUUUACACACUCCUUUAUGCUACUGAAAGAAUUCUCAAAACGUUUCAAAUCAAUUCCACAUCUGGCAAUCUUCUUCUUAAAGCUGAAUUGAACUAUGAGGCAAUUCCAACUUAUACAUUAACUAUUCAGGCCAAAGACGGAGGAGGACUAUCUGGAAAAUGUACUGUGGUUGUGGAGGUAACAGAUGUAAAUGACAAUCCACCUGAACUUUUCAUGUCAUCUUUGAGGAGCCAAAUUGCAGAAAACUCGCCCGAGACAGUCAUUGCUGUUUUUAGGAUUAGAGAUAGAGAUUCGGGAAACAAUGGGAAAAUGGUGUGCUCCAUCCAGGACAAUCUCCCCUUCAUACUGAAGCCAUCUGUAGAAAAUUUCUACACUCUGGUAACAGAGGGUCCACUGGACAGAGAGAGCACAUCUCAGUACAACAUCACCAUCACAGUUUCAGAUCUGGGGACUCCCAGGCUGCAAACGGAGCACAGCAUAAGCGUGCAGGUGUCCGACGUGAACGACAACGCCCCGGCCUUCACGCACACCUCCUACACCCUGCGGGUGCGCGAGAACAACAGCCCCGGCCUGCACAUAGGCAGCGUGAGCGCCACAGACAGGGACGCGGGCACCAACGCCCAGCUCACCUACUCGCUGCUGCCGCCCCCAGAGCCGCACCUGGCCCUCGCCUCGCUCGUGGCCAUCGACGCGGACAGCGGGCAGCUGUUCGCCCUGAGGCCGCUGGACUACGAGGCCCUGCAGGCCUUGGAGUUCCGCGUGGGCGCCGCCGACCGCGGCUCGCCCGCACUCAGCAGCCAGGCGCUCGUGCGCCUGCUGGUGCUGGACGCCAAUGACAACUCGCCCUUCGUGCUGUACCCGAUGCAGAACGCCUCUGCGCCCUGCACCGAGCUGCUGCCCAGGGCGGCCGAGCCGGGGUACCUGCUCACCAAGGUGGUGGCGGUGGACGGCGACUCGGGCCAGAACGCAUGGCUGUCCUACCAGCUGCUCAAGGCCACGGAGCCCGGGCUCUUCAGCGUGUGGCCGCACAAUGGCGAGGUGCGCACCGCCAGGCUGCUGAGCGAGCGCGACGCGCCCAAGCACAGGCUGCUGGUGCUGGUCAGGGACAAUGGCGAGCCGCCGCUGUCUGCCAGCGUCACGCUGCACGUGCUGCUGGUGGAUGGCUUCUCCCAGCCCUACCUGCCGCUGCCGGAAGCGGCGGCCGAGCAGGGGCGGGGCGACGCGCUCACCUUGCACCUGGUGGUGGCCUUGGCGUCGGUGUCGUCGCUCUUCCUCUUGUGUGUGCUGGCAUUCGUGGCGGUGCGGCUGUGCAGGAGGAGCAGGCCGGCCUCUCUGUCUGGCUGUGCGGUGCCCCAGGGCCACUUUCCGGGCCACCUGGUGGACGUCAGCGGUGCGGGGACCCUGUCCCACAGCUACCAGUAUGAGGUGUGUCUGACAGGAGGCUCAGAGAGGAAUGAAUUCAAGUUUUUUAAGCCAAUUUUACCUAAUUUCCAAGGACAUUCCCCUGGAUCAGAAAUGGAAGAAAAGCUCAACUAUAGGAAUGAUUUAGGCUUCAACAUUCAGUUAAAAUAA